UUCAAGGUGAAACAUGAUUUUGAAUAUGGAAAAGGUGUAUAUAAAAGGGUUGUUUUGUACAGUGAAAUUAAUUGUUUUGGCUUUAAAAUGUGCAGAUGCUGCAUUAUUGACGAUAUCAUCCCCGACAAAUUGUGGAGAGGAUACAACAUUAACUUGUACGGAUGCUAACCCAUUCUCGUUUUGGGCUAUUUAUCAUAAUGAUUCAAAAUUUCUAACGCAUGCUUCUAACUUUCCUAAGUAUAGUAGCAGUUUAUCUGGGAUCACUCUUGUGGUAACCAUACACAACACCAGUCUCAAUGAUAUAGGAACCUACACCUGUGCAGCUGGUUACAGUCCAACAUCUUUGGGCGUGUCUUUAUUUUUUGAAUGUAAGGUAACGUCGUAUGCUGCAACAAUUAUAAACACAAAGAAACUAACUAUACGGAUGGAAAAGGUGUAUCCAGGAAAUAUUUCGCUUACAGCUAGGGUUGAGAGUGGUGGAUCUUCAACGAGUCUCGGUGGCACUCCUACAUGCAUUCAUAGUCCAACUUUCGAAGGUUAUUUUUCCUGCACAUGGACCUCAGACUCUUCGUUGGCGGACGGACAGUACACGUAUAGAGCAGUGGUAACAACCUUGACAGCUAAUACUAUCAGUGGCACUUUCCGGAUAGCCACUCCCGAUGCUCCAACGUUUUCAAACAUCGCCAACGAAUAUAACCAGGUAGUUUUACGUGGGGAUGUGGGGAGCCCAUUGAAUGUGAUAUGUACCUCUUCCGGUGGCUAUCCCGUUCAGACAGUCGUAUUGUACUUUGACGGUAAGCAACGGGCAUCGGCGAACACAGGAACAAUGCAUAAUGAUUUGUACACAGUUGCCGUGACGUAUACCAUGCCACAACCAGCACGCAUAGACGAUUUGAAAAUAUUAUGCUGCAACUCGUCCUAUCCAAAUGCGGAUAAUGGUUACAAAGGCAGUCGUGGGAGCUGUGUUCCACUCUGGUUAAUCUUCCCCCCUUCGCAAGUCAGUGUAUCUCAGUUGGCUAUUGUGGUGUCUGGUUCUUCAGUCAGUGUUAUAUGUACGGCAAGCGGAGGAAGACCGGCCGCAGGUUUGACAUGGUCAUACAAUGGUACCACCACUUCACCUCAGGUGACAACCAGCAUAGACGACACAACAUACACGUACACUGCAGUAUCAACUUUCACACGUGCAGUUACUGAGGCAGACAAUGGGAAGACAAUUCAAUGUUUCGUCUCUCACAGGUCACUUGUAACACCCAUAUAUCGGACCGCUGUGCUUAAUGUGACAUUUUCCCCUCUAAAUGUCAACCUGACCGGCAACACAAAUGACUUCAAUGCAGACGGGAAACACAGUCUUAUUUUGACCUGUAAGGUGGGGUCAUCCAACCCGGCACCAACGAUACAAUGGUAUAACGGUACAUUAGGUGGCGACGUCAUUUCAAACAGCCAGCCGUAUACAGACAAAGAAGGACAGUUUAACGGCGUUUCAAGGGAGCAGACACUGGAUAUAUAUCCGACGCGUUACAAUGAAGGCCAAUCGGUGACAUGUUCUGCUAGCAACAACAUCGGCAACGAAAAGUCGGCCACCAUCAAUCUUAAUCUUCACUACAGUGCAAUUAUUUCAUCAAUGAUCGACCAAACGGCAAGAGAAGGAGAUACAAACUUUGCACUCAAAUGUCAGGCAUGGAGCAAGCCUCCCGCCACCUUUCGCUGGUAUAAAGAAGGUAACACAACCCUUCUUCACCAGGUCACUGGGACGCUUGAUGACAACUCGGGUACUUACGUCAUCCCAGUGGUUUCUAGGCAACAGGCUGGUCGCUACGAGUGUCGUGCAGAGAAUGGAGUAGGAAAUGCUGAUGCAAAACACGUUCAUUUAUCUGUACAAUUUCCAGCACUGAAUACAACAAUCACCGGAGCUACAGACAUUUAUGCCAAUGGCGUAAACAAAGUGAAUUUAACAUGCAACACUGGAUCUUCAAAUCCAUCUUCCAGCAUCACGUGGUAUCGUGACAGUCAAUUGGUUACCAGUAGCAAGCCGUUAACGAGUACUGGAGGGGAAUAUGGCGGGAAAAUCACGUCACAAAUUCUAGAGUUUGUUCCCACGCGGGAGAUGGACGGUCAUGUGGUGGAGUGUAGAGCUGGAAACGAAAUGUCAAGCUCACUUGCCCAGUGGGCUCGAGUUGCACUUGAUCUAAAAUACGACCCUAGCGUUUCCGUGACUACGGGGUCAGUUGAGAUAGACGAGACUCAAUCAGGCUCCUUGUCCUGUACUGUCGACAGUAAACCACCGUCCACAAUCACGUGGACCAGGGUCGACCGCGCUAGCGCCUUACCGACAAAUAGGUUGACUAGAGGCAGUAACUCGCUAGAGUACACGAUCAGCACUACCCAGAGAGAGGAUGCCGGCCAGUAUCGAUGCACGGCAAACAACAAUUAUGGAGGCAACAAGCACAACGAUACCCUGAUCGUCGUCAGAUACGCACCAGACGUUAUUGUCGUUGCACAGAAUACCACUGUCAAUGCGUCGUCAGUUGAUGUACGAUGCAAUCCAAUUGGUGUUCCUGCAACGUACACGUAUACGACGUGGGAGCAGGUGUGGCCGGGAUACGGACUGGUCAGAAUAUUUUCGGGUUCAAACAUUCUCACACUGACAAGGCUUACGUACGAGGAUAGCGGGGUCUACACAUGCAAAGUGGAGAACGGAGUUCCGUACAGCAGGAACCCUAGUGUGGGAAAAGGACAGGCUCAACUCAACAUUCUGUCCUUUCCUGUUAUUGCAAGCGCUCAAACCACGAUUAACGUUGCAGUUCAGAUCGGAAAAGUUUCGGAAUUUUCGUUUGAAUUUUUCUCUAAUGCUUUAGAAGAAGCAGUCAAUAUUACAAAUGAAAACUCUAAAUCAAUAUCAGAUAUUGCAUUUACGACGAUAAUGCCUAAAAAUGUGACAAUAAAAGUUUUUGGUUACAAUAUCAAAGUUGUUGGCUUUCUUGCACGGACUAAGCUGAAUAUAACGAAACAAGAAGAACUCGGAACAUACAACCUUUUCGUUCGAAAUUCAAUUGGAAGUCGGAGUCUUUCUCUAAUUCUUAUACCAGAAGGUCCACCAGGUCGCCUAAAAAUCAUCUCCAUAAACAACGUGCAACAAACUUCAGUGGUGGUGACAUGGACUCGAGGAUUUCAUGGCGGGUUCAAUCAGAGUGUAUAUGUUGAAGUCAGUGUCGACAGUCAUCGUUGGGAAGUUAAAUUAAUAUUGAAUGAAGGCAAAAAUGAAGACAAGAAUGAAGUAAACACACCGUUGCAACAACUUCAACCAGGAACAUUAUAUUACAUACGAAUGCAUGCUGAAAACAAUCGAGGAAAAAGUGGAUAUACGAGAAUUUUCAAUGUCACACUAUUAGACAGUGUUACGACAGAGAAAAGUCCAAAUGCUGGCCCCUCUAUUGGAGGGGCGAUUGGUGGAGUUCUUGCAACAGUCGUGGCAAAAGUUGUCCUCGUUGUCAUUAUCAGACGGAAAUACGAAUUUCACUGCAACGUGUUCGUAACAAGAAAAAAAGAAGGCCCUUCUGAGACAUCGAUAUCCGGCGCUUUCAAUCCUAGUUUCGACGCUGCCCAGACUUACGAGGAUGUGUCCAUGACAACGGGAACAUCAGUCUACGAUGCUCUGAAAAAUGGAAACAAUGGGUAA